UAUUUUGCAGUUGGGCAGUAGUGCUUGAGGUCUCCACCCAGGCAGAGCUGGGAGGGAAAAAAAUUCAAGAUGGAUGCCUACAAGCCAUCUUGCACAUACACAACCCCAAAUUCUUUACAAGCUCUGCAUGAAUGGGAACUGUCUCUGAGAUUGGAGGUCUUGAAUAAUGCUAUACGACCCAUCUUGGAGAAGUUCAACAGGGAUGUGCGAAAUACGCUGGGGCAUCUGGUGAAUGUGCACAACGAAACUUGCGGGUGUCAUUUCAAUGGGAUUUCAGAAGUGAACCGGGUGUGGAACCAGAAGAAAGUGCCGUUUCUUGAAUUGCAAAAGUCCUCUGGCCUAUCCUUUGAGGAUUACAUGAGUAGAGCACUGAGGCUUCUGAUGAGGACCCGAAUUCAAGAUGUGGAACCGCUCUCAGAGCCCGACUUCUGGGUCAUCAUGUCCCAAUGCUAUGCUCCUACGGAGACCACCGUAGUCUCACCUGACAAACCUACCAUCGAUGAUGAGGAGCUCAACGACAUUCAAAACUUCAUCCUCAACGAUAUUGUCGAUGAGACUCAGCCCAACCAGAGGUUUGCACAUGAUGGCUCCCAAUCCAUGAAUGGGGGAAAUCUAGGCCCAAACUAUCUGCCCGGCGAUAUGUCUGAGGAGUUGGUCAAAAUGAAGCGGAAAGAAAAACAUAUGGCUCCCAUUGAUUGCACCGGGGUAUCAGUUGCCUUUGGUUACACUUGGUUCUGUAAAAACUGUAACCGAACUCACCAAACCAAGAACGACUGUUACUACUACAAGUUCAUUCACCAUCCAAAGCACGUGAUCUUGAACUCCUCCACUCAUAAGCAAGGCCUCCCACCAGAACUCAUGAUACGCGAGGGAUCCAUUUGGACUUCGGCCCCUCUUCGGGCCUACACCCGGUUGGGUCCUCUCCGUGGUUUGGAGUACCCUGAAAGCAAGAUUGACUUCGACGAGGACAAAACUAAUAUGUGGCUCCUGCAUUGUGACAAUGGAACUAGAAAAUGUGUUAUUACCCGCCAGGAGCAAUCCUCUAACUGGCUUCGAUACGUAAAUCCGGCCGACUCCAUCACGGAAGCCAACGUGUUAUUGAUCUCAAUGAAGAACAGUCUCUACUUAGUUACCAACUCGGAUCUUCCACCCAACACGCAAUUAAAAUAUUUUUCCAAAGAGGAUCCCACCACCGAGUUUUGGACGAGUUGGACCCAAUCUUGGGCCAAUCAAAAGGUAUGCUCUCGUUGCUCGAUCCAUGGUCAGUUCAGCUCGGUCAUGGAUUAUCGGACACACAUCUCCUUGUGGCAUGACCUGUCUUUUCAGGGGAAUCCUCAGAAUCGAAUCUACUAUUGUCCUGAUUGCAAUCUCAAAUCGAUUGGGGCCAAGGAGAUCGUUAACCAUUGUCGAGACGUUCACAAUUCGUUGCCAUUUCAAUGUCGGUAUUGCAACAAGCGCUUCGAGACGUACAACAGCUUGAUCAAGCACAAAACUCGCAUUCAUUCUUUGGAGAAACCCAUGAAAAAGGCCUGUGAGAAGUGCGGCAAGGUCUAUCUGGACCCGAAGGCUCUAAAGCAGCACGUGAAACAAGUCCAUGAACGGUCAGAGCAACUUCAUUGCAACCAAUGCGAAAUGAUCCUGAGUUCGAAGUACGCGUUAAAUCGACACGUCAAAGAAGUACACCAUCGUCAGCAAGAGCACAUUUGCCCCAAAUGUCAUAAACAUUUUACCCAACAAUCCAAUCUCAAGCAACACAUGCUCAUUCAUUGGGGAGUGAAACCGUUCCACUGCCGUCACGAACUCUGCAAAUCGGCCUUCACCACCAAGCAAUGUCUUCAAGUCCACUAUCGGAAGGUGCACCACUACACUGAUGAAAACAUGCCAGAGAUCAAGCGCCAGAAAACGUUCUUGCCCAAUGACUGCCUGGGAUUUAGAUCCAAGAGAACGGCCAGUUCCAUGGAAGAACCUAUAUUGAGUGGACAUGAGACGUCAACUGACUCGCUGUCAUCUAUUGCAAGUUUACCCACUCAAUCGGUCUCUGCCAAGUGUGACCACAUGAAUGGGGUUGGUGUUGCUCCAAGUGCAGUGGGAAUGUAUUCCUCUACGCCUAGUUCAAGUUAUUACCAUGGCUAUGGUACUGUCAAGAACCACAUGCUCUAAAUUCCUAGACUAGUUGCUCCACAUUUCUUUCAAGUUGUUGCUGUACAAUCCUAGCCUCAGAUUACCUUAUCUUCCUUGAACGCUUGCCCCCCACCAACAAUGGAUCAUCUACCAGACUCUUCUCCAUACUAGCAACGGAACCAGAGUCGUUAAUCAAGUCCUCGGUCUCACAAAACUCGUUUUGUCCGAUUGAUAUGAAAUGCUUUUCAAACAGUAACAUAAUCUAAAUGCUGAAAUCCUAAAACUUCACAGUACCACGAUUUCCCGUUACCUUGAUCGAAAACUUGAAACCAGUUCUCGGUUGAUGAUGACAAAUGAAAUACCUAAGCACGUAAUAAGCAAAGUGCCAAAAGAUCCUCCGCAAUCUCCUCAAUAGUUGGCAUUGAAAAGAAUCAAAAUUCAUUCCCCAAAACCACGCACCGAUCUACGUAAAAACUUAGUCCAGCAGAAAUUGUAUACAAUAAGCUACGCCUUGUAAUUCCUUGAAUGUACAGUAGACUGGCACACGAAUUGUAGAACCGAAUAGUUUCCAAUUCCAUUCGUAUUCUUCAUGGCUAGUUAUACUAGUAUGAUUAACGUAUUUAACUUCAAAAGCUUUACCUGAUUCUGUUCAUUCAUUUUGAACGACAUUUUCUCCACUCGCCGAUAUUAUUGUUUUCUUUUCUUCCACCAUCUACCCU